AUGCAAUCCAAGCCACACUCUUCCGAUCUGCUGAAUGCUGCAAACAAGCCGUUGCCCAAGCGCGUCUUCUGUGCAGUGAAGCACCUGCCGCUCAUCCUCGAAAAGACAGACGAAGGCUACAAGAUCACCAACUCAAGCCUUGGGCCUCUCGUGUCCGCCUACAGACUUCUCGCUGAGGACAACAAGGGUCUGGAGUUCAUCUGGGUCGGCACGCUGCUGGACUAUGUGCCACCGGAGGACCGAGCCGCGCUUGCUAAGCGCAUCAGGGAGGAGUUCAACUCGGUCGUCAUCUUCCUCGACGACAAGGUCCGACGGCAGUGGCUCUCCUUCUGCAAGACGGUCCUCUGGCCGCUGCUCAACUCGCAGCUGGUGACCAACAAGUUCGAGCCCGCCUUUUUCGCCGAGGCACUCUCCAAGGCCGUUACCGGCGCCGAGGACGAGGUCGUGUGGAUUCACGACUACCACCUCAAGACCCUCCCUGAAAAGCUGCGUGAGCGAGGCGUGACGAAUCGGAUAGGGUUCUUCCUUCACACGCCCUUCCCCACAUCCGAGCUCUAUCGUAUUCUGCCCGUCCGCGGCAAGCUGCUUCAGGGCAUCCUGGCCUCUGAUCUCAUCGGUUUCCAGACCUACCACGACUGCCGACACUUCCUCUCAGCCUGCACCCGCGUUCUCGCCCUCGACUCUCAGCCCAAGGGUGUGGAAUGGAACGGCCACAUGGUGGCGGUCGACAUCUUCCCUGCUGGCAUCGAUCCCGAUGUCCUCGAGCACACCAUGGAACAGCCCCAGGUCAAGAAACGAGUCGAAGAGCUCAAGAAGAUGUUCGAGGGCAAGAAGAUACUCAUGGGCCGCGAUCGUCUCGACACGAUCAAGGGCAUCCCUCAGAAGCUGCUGGCCUUCGAGGACUUCCUCGGUCGCUUCCCCGAGUGGCAGGGCAAGGCAGUCCUGUUCCAGGUGUGCCUGCCGCCUCGCGAGGAGAGGAAGACCAGCAAGAGCCAAACCUCUGCCGAGGGCGAGCUGCAGGAGCUCCACGCUCAGAUCAACGAACUGGUUGGUCGUAUCAACGGUCGCUACUCGACGGCCGACUUCACCCCCAUCCACUACCUCAACAACAAGAACCUCUCGCUCGACGAGAUCUGCGCGCUCUACAUGGCCGCCGACGCCGGCAUCCUCACGCCCCUUCGCGACGGCAUGAACCUGACUUGCCACGAGUACGUGGUGUGCCAGAAGGGCAACUACGGCCCGCUCAUUCUCAGUGAGUUCGCCGGCUCGGCGCAGAGCCUGGGCGGCGCCGUGCUCGUCAACCCGUGGGACAUCCGCGGCGUGGCCUCCACCAUCGCCGAGGUCUUCUCCAUGAACGAGACCGACAAGAAGCUGAAGCACGAAUACAACUUCCACUAUGUGAAGAGGAACACGGCGCUCCUGUGGGCGCGCACGUUCCUGUCCGAGCUGAUGAAGAUCGAGGUGUCGACCACAGUGCCCAAGAUCAAGUUCAACGACGUGUGCUCGGCCUACUCGCAGGCCAAGAAGAGGCUCUUCCUGUUGGACUAUGACGGCACCCUCACGCCCAUCGUCAAGAACCCGCAAGACGCCAAGCCCUCGCCCCGCCUCCUUAAAGCGCUUAAGGACCUCACGGCGGACAAGAGGAACCAGGUCUAUAUCAUCAGCGGCCGCGGCCGCGAGUUUUUGGAGCAGUGCAUGGCCGGCCUCCCGGUCGGCCUCUCGUGCGAGCAUGGCCUCUUCUUCCGGCACUACGAGUCCGACCAGUGGGAGGACCUCCUCUCCGGCAUGGAGUUCACCUGGAAGGACAUCGUGCUCCCCAUCCUCGAGGACUACACCGAGCGUACGCCCGGUUCGAUGAUUGAAACGAAGGAGGUCAACCUGGUGUGGCACUACCGGAAUGCCGACAGCGACUUCGCGUCGUUCCAGGCCAAGGAGCUGGUGGUUCACCUGCAGAACAUCGCCUCCAAGCUGCCCAUCGAAGUGCUCAUCGGCAAGAAGGUCAUCGAGAUCCGGCCCCAGAACGUGUCCAAGGGCGCCACCGUGAGGAAGAUCAUGAGCCUCGAACCCGACGCCGACUUUGUGCUGUGCAUGGGCGACGACAAGACCGACGAGGACAUGUUCGCCGCCAUCCAGCACCACCUUCAGCGCUCCAGCUCCACCGACAACGUUCACUCCAAGGACGGCGACAAGGACAGGGGCGCGGGCUUCUUCAGCUGCGUGGUGAACAGGCAGGACUCACAGGCCAAGUACUUCAUCCGCAACCAGCGGCAGGUGGUGAAGCUGCUCCAGGCCCUGGGCGAGGGCAAGACCGAGGUGGAGGACGAGGGCGUCGACGACGACUUCGACGACAAGGAGGGCAACGCGAGCGAGCACUCCAAAGAGAAGGCCGCCAACUAG